AGGCGGCCCAGGUGCAUCAAUUGCCGCAUUUGUUUUCCCUGCCGCCGGAAGUCAACGAGAUGGCGCCGCCGCCCGUGGAAGUGCAGCGCAAGUUGACGGUCCUGGGGUGCCCCGGCGUGGGCAAGUCAUCCCUGACGACGUGCUUCGUCGAGAAUCGCUUUGUCGAGAACUACGACCCGACAAUCGAGAACACAUUUCACAAGACGGUGCGGUUCAAGCACGCGCACUUUGUCACCGACAUUGUUGACACAGCUGGCAUGGACGAAUACUCGCACUUUUCACAAGCUGCGUCCGUUGGGGUCCACGGCUACGUGCUUGUGUACUCGAUUUGCUCUCGCACAUCGUUUGAGAAGCUCAAACUGAUCAACGACAAGCUUGUCAACCUCCUUGGGUCCGAACCCCCGCGCGUGUUAGUGGGCAGCAUGUCCGAUCUCGAAUGCAAUCGCCAGGUGUCGCUGGAAGAGGGCCAGCACGCCGCGCGGCAAUGGGGCUGCCCUUUCACCGAGUGCUCGGCCAAGCAGAACGAGAACAUCAACGAAGUCUUUACCUACCUCAUCCGCGAAAUCGAGCGCGAGUCGGGCCUCCUCGCCGUCGACGCCGACGCCUCGUGCGUCGUCCUUUAACGUGGUGGUUGUGAAGCACGUAUAUAGUUUUUCAUACAGAUCGAUGUGCCAUAUCUCUUCGA